AUGCGUAAUCAUCAGUAUAGCAAAUCCCGCCAGGCAGAUGAUGAAUAUGAUUAUGAUGAUGGUCCAAGGAAAAGACCUCGCAAGAAAGGAGGGGGAGGCAAUCAUAAAUCAUGUGAGAUAUCUAAUUCGGCAAACCGCUUCUUCACGCAGCAAGAGCGCUGUCAGUUUUGCUUUGAGAAUCCAACAAGACCUAAGCAUCUGGUCAUUGCUAUUGCAAACUUUACCUACUUGUCAUUACCUCAAAUGCAGCCUGUUGUCCCGGGUCAUUGUUGCAUUUUAACGUUGCAGCAUGAAUCAUCCACGAGAUCUGUUGAUGAUAAUGUGUGGGAUGAAAUUCGGAACUUCAAGAAAUGCCUAAUAAUGAUGUUUAAAAAUCAGGAGAAGGAUGUAGUAUUCCUUGAGACAGUAAUGGGGUUGGCACAGCAGCGGCGCCAUUGUUUGGUAGAGUGCAUUCCUGUGCCCCAAGAAAUUGCAAAGCAGGCACCUGUUUACUUCAAGAAGGCAAUCGAUGAAGCUGAAGAUGAAUGGAGUCAACACAACGCAAAGAAGCUCAUUGAUACAAGUGAAAAGGGUCUGCGAGGUUCAAUCCCCAAGAAUUUCCCGUAUUUCCAUGUUGAAUUUGGAUUGCAAAGGGGGUUUGUUCAUGUAAUUGACGACGAGAAAGAAUUUAAGAGCAGCUUUGGGCUCAAUGUAAUAAGAGGUAUGCUACGUCUGCCGGCCGAGGACAUGCAUCGCCGUCGGAAGCAUGAAUCAGUGGAAACGCAGAAGCAAGCUGCUGCAAGUUUUGCUCAGGAUUGGGAACCUUUUGACUGGACAAAACAGCUGGACUAG